GCUCCCAAAUAGGGUAACAAUGAGACCCAAGUCCAAACUCCACGCCGAUUUCCCCAAUAUUGCUGCACGCGAUCACUCAAAAUGCAGCGGGAGGCGAUGGAGGAGAAGGGCAAGGGAAGCGAGAGAUGGAGCUCAGCCAUCGCGAACCUUUCGGAAAUGGCUUCUAAUCUCGACUCUCUGCAAAAGCUACUCAUGAAGAAAGCUGUAUUUGUGGACGAAGAGACCUAUGCCAAAGCCUCUCUGAGCUCAGAGCAAGCCCGUACCAUCAAGGUUCUUGAACAAAGGGUAGAGACUUUGGAACGUGAACUUGAUGCUGCUAUUACAGCUGCUGCUCGUGCUCGUUCAGAAAAACGACAGGCUGAGGCUGCACAAAAAGCUGCUGAAUUACAUGUACAGGAGGUCUCCAGAGAGCUUGAAAACACAACAAAGGUAUUUGAGCUGCACAUGGAGGAGUUACGUGCAAAGCAGGAAGAGAUCUCCCGGAGAGACAAUGAUAUUAAAGUUUUAGAAGCUAUUAUUCAAACACUUGGUGGAAAAGAGUCGCGAUCGUCGAAGGGGUGUACUUCCAACACUCCCGGAAUGUGUCUUCAUGGAGUAUAGGCAGGAGAUGGCUUGACCAAAAGUUAUUUCACCAAAAGUUAUUUCUUUUUGUAUGGAUGAAAGAUAUUUUCCAUAUGAAUAUAUAUUUGUUGUUUGUGCCGAAUAGAAUACUCAUCAUUUUAUUAUUUAGUUAUAUAGGACAACACUAAGAUGGAAUUGACAUUCAUGUUCUCGUAUACAUUUAUGUGUCUAGUAAGAUUUAUUUUGAUGA